AUGUCAAAUUUAAAACAGGGCGAGUUUGUUGGGUCCCUUGAUUGCGGCACGACUUCCGUGCGGUUUAUCGUCUUUGACCAGUACGCAAACAUCGUCUCUCAGCAUCAAUCGGAGUUCCCGCAGUAUUACCCGAACCCAGGGUGGCAUGAGCACGACCCUGAAGAGAUACAACAAAUCUCUGAGGAGUGCAUCGCCCAGACUUGUGAGAAACUCGAGCAAGCGGGAUGGGCCAAGGAGAGCGUGAAAGUGAUCGGGAUUACGAACCAGCGUGAAACCACUGUUGCAUGGAGUCGGAGUACUGGUAAACCUCUAUGCAAAGCUAUCGUUUGGACCGAUUCUCGUACCAAGAACACUGUCGCUCACUUUGAGCACCUCUUGGCUACGACCGGACUCGAGGUGGAACCUGGACAGUUUAAGAGCGGAGAAGAAGGUGUUGAAGCUCUACGUGACAUUACGGGCCUAAAGCUCUCGACGUACUUCUCUGGGAUCAAACUUCGAUGGAUGAUUGACAACCACAGUGAAGUCCAGAAGGCACAUGACGAAGAUGAUCUACUUUUCGGAACAAUCGAAUCGUGGGUUGUUUAUAAUCUUACAGGUGGGGUCCAGGGGGGCAUUCAUGUUGGCGAAGUAACGAAUGCAUCUCGCACCCUUCUGCUAAACCUACACAAGCUUACUUGGGAUGAGCGGUUGCUGAGGUUUUUCGGUUUCAGACAGUCGAUACUACCAAAACUUGUGUCUUCUUCAGAGGUGUAUGGUCAUCUGUCUCUCGGCCCACUGAAGGCAGUCCCUAUCGGAGGACUCGUCGGGGACCAGCAAGGCGCUUUGGUGGGAAACCAGUGUCUCCGACAAGGAGAAGCCAAAUGUACAUAUGGUACGGGUGCGUUCCUCCUGUUCUGUACGGGAAAGGACAUUGUCAAGAGUGGUCAUGGACUUCUGAGCACGGUGGCCUACCAGCCCGGUCCAGGGGCCGCACCAGUCUAUGCAUUGGAAGGAAGUAUCGGAGUUGCUGGAAGCGCCAUCAAAUGGUUGCGAGACUCUAUGGGCUUUAUCAAGUCCGCCAGCGAGAUAAACACGUUGGCAGCUUCAGUCCCUGAUACUGGGGGCGUGUAUUUUGUUACUGCUUUCUCUGGCCUCCUCGCACCAUAUUGGGACCCCGGUGCUGCAGGCCUGCUUAUCGGAUUAUCCUCGUAUACCACUCCCGCACACAUUGCUCGUGCGACGAUGGAAGCCAAUGCUUUCCAGACCCGUGCAGUUCUUGAGAGCAUGAAACUUGAUUCAAGCACGGAGCUCAAACACCUUAAGGUCGACGGAGGGAUGACCAAUGGCGAUGUUUGUAUGGAGAUAUUGGCAGACAUCGGCGGUUUCGACGUUGUCCGUCCUGAUAUGAGAGAAUCAACAGCGCUAGGUUCAGCCCUUCUUGCUGGCUCAGCCAUCCGGCUAUUUGGUUGGGACAUAUCUAAGCCAGCGACGUUGGCGGAAGUCAACACCAAAGGCAGCCGAACUUUCAAUCCUCACAUGCCCGAGGAGGAUCGGGAAAGGGGGUGGACUGCAUGGCUGCGUGCCGUUGAGAGGUCAAAGGGUUGGGAUGAAGGUGUUUCCGAAUGAGAUGGAAGUGAUACCAAAAUUUGAAUACAUCUUCACUACCGGCCGGUGACAAACUACCGAAACUUUUUCAGAGGAUCAGAUUUUUUCUUCCCACCGCGACUUCCGCCCCCACCUCUGCCCCCACGACCACGGCCGCGACCGCGUGCAGAAGACUUUUUGAAU